UUAUCGCCCAGGCCUGAGAUAGAGAUAUUAAAUCAGUUACGUAGGAGGAAAGGGAAGAGAAAAUUAAAAAAAAAAAAAAAAAAAUAAAGAAAAGAAAAGAAAAUAGUAAAAAGAAAAGAAAAGUACUUGGUUAAAUUAGUUGGACGAGAUCCGCCCAGCGGAGAAAAUGUCCGACGCGAGUGCGUGAGAUCGUGAGAAUAGAGAAGUUUCGAUGGAUCAGAGCAUGAUAGUGACGUCGUUGCCGCGAGGAGGAUCUCUGUCGGAGAUCAGUCGGAGACAACAUACGACGAUGAAGAACGAGUCCGAUGGUAACGUUCAUGUGCAUGGACAAGAAACUUCGCAGUCCGUCGGGCAAUCGAGUUCUACGUUGGUUGGUACGCGUACUAGUUUGGGAUUACACGGGAAUCUAUCGCAGAAUCAAAAUAUGGAUCAACUUAUGUGCAAUCCUUCGAGCACGGAGGUGGCACGUAAACCAGGUGCACGUCGUCAAGAGAAACCACCAUAUUCCUACAUAGCCCUUAUAGUGAUGGCGAUACAAUCGAGCCCAGGAAAGAGACUGACCCUCUCAGAAAUUUAUUCCUUCCUUCAACAACGUUUUCCAUUCUUUCGUGGCGCUUAUCAAGGCUGGAAGAAUUCCGUUCGUCAUAAUUUAAGCUUGAACGAGUGUUUCAUCAAAUUACCAAAGGGUCUUGGUAGACCCGGAAAGGGUCAUUAUUGGACGAUAGAUCCCUCGACUGAGUAUAUGUUCGAGGAGGGUAGCUUUCGUCGUCGGCCACGAGGUUUCCGUCGCAAGUGUCAAGCUCUUAAACCCCAAUACCCACAGUAUUUCUCUGCCAGCGGACCUGUAGGGGUUCAGGCUGGUUACGAUAAUCUAACGGCGUCCGGUGGCAUGGAAUACGCGAACGGUUAUCAAAAUCAAUAUCAGAAUUAUCAGGAGUACGCUAUGUAUGGACCUGCGGCAGCAGUUUCCGCGGAUUGGACCUAUCCUGAGCCGAGUUAUAAGACACCUCCUAUAGCCGAAGUCACUUAUAAGACAACCGAGGUCACUUAUAAAACCGGCGAACCUUCGUCAGUUUAUCGUAACGGCGAAUUGGUUACGUUUAAGAGCGAGCCCGGUUAUGGCGUUGGAAGGAAUCAGGAUCAAUUGAGUUCCGUUGCAGCUUACAGACCUAUAGACGGAUUUCAGCUGAAAGAUCAUCAUCCGCAACAUCAUCAGGAAACGAUAUACAAGGACAACGAGGGUAUGAUGAUCUACAAGUGUGCGGGUAAUCCCACCGUGAACGCUCAGCCUACUACCGGACAAGACUAUUACGUGGGUUACGGUGCUAUUGGUGUCAACAAUGCAGGCGUUGCAGCCACGGCUAACGUCAACGUCAAUCUCGCUAUGCAGACGGUUCACGAUCAAAACGGGAACGGUAGCCCUGCUGGGAACGUAGCUUCGCCGCACAGCGCUUGUCAGACACCUGUCACCGAUCACGGGUUGAAAAUGCAAUGCUCGAACUCAAGUUCAAAUAGUUCUGGAGGUAGCAUAAUCGAUAGAAAGCCCUCGUACUUCGGUCAUCCAACGGGUACUGUGAGCUUGAGUUCAUUGAGUUCUUUGAGUUCUUUGAACUUAAGUAACAUCGGUAGUCUGAGCAUAUCGAAUGUGCCAAACGUAGCCGUUUCUUCGAGCCUCCAUCACGCCAACACACCGCCUCCGCCGCCGCCGCCACCGCCGCCGACGACGACGACGCCAACGACGACGCCGACGACGCCGACAUCGACGAUGUAUUACGAUCAGAUAAAGUACAAUAUGUGAAGAAGUGACAAAGUUAGACUUUUGAGAAAGGAAAAGGCAAAACAAAAAGAAAAAAACAAAAGAAAGGGAGAAAAACUUUACGUCCAAAAUCAUCUUAAGAAAAUUAUCUUAGCUCGUUGAUAACGAUGAUAACGAUAAUGAUGAUGAUAUUGAUGAUGAUAACGACAAACGACGACGACGAUCAUGAUCGUCUCAACACGACGACAUACUUCUUCAAUUUGACUUUGACGAUUGUCCGCCUAGAGGUAUUAUAAUAUGUAUAUGUAUUUAUGAUUUAUCAUUAAAUACCGUUGUUAAUUUAAGGAUAAACGUUGUCGAGAGAAAUCUGUAGAAUUUAAAUAUCUCAUUCAUUGAAAAAAAAAAAAAAAAAAAAAAAAAAAAAAACAAGGGGAAUGAA